CCAGACUUUUGCUUAAAAGGAUAUCCUAACCCCCAGUCAAGGAGGCGGCCAACCUCAUUCCCAUGGACACCAAUGGGUUCAGCGAUCCGUACAUCGCUGUCCAAAUGCAUCCGGACCGUUCGGGACGCACCAAAAAGAAUACCAAGGCCAUCCAGAAGAACCUCAAUCCGGUCUUCAGUGAGACCUUCACUUUGGAGCUGCAGCCGCAGGAUCGAGACAAGCGUCUGCCCAUCGAGGAGUGGGACUGGGAUCGUACCUCGCGCAACGACUUCAUGGGCUCCUUCUCGUUUAGCAUCGAUGAACUGCAGAAGGAACCGGUCGAUGGCUGGUACAAGUUCCUCUCCCAGGUGGAGGGCGAGCACUAUAACAUCCCCUGCGUGGAUGUCGUCAAUGAUAUGGCCCGUCUAAGCGAUGAAGUCAGGCACGAUCGGCGACCCAAUGACAAGCGUCGGAUGGACAACAAGGAUAUGCCGCAUAACAUGAACAAGCGCGACAUGAACCGCGCUGCCGACUUCAACUUUGUCAAGGUCAUUGGCAAAGGCUCUUUCGGCAAAGUUUUCCUAGCCGAGCGACGCGGCACCGACGAGCUGUACGCAGUAAAGGUCUUCCGGAAGGAUGUCAUCAUCCAGACGGACGACAUGGAGCUGCCGAUGAACGAGAAGAGAGUACUGGCCCUAUCCGGUCGUCCCCCCUUUCUUGUGUCCAUGCACUCGUGCUUCCAGACCAUGGACCGUCUGCUCUUCGUGAUGGAGUACUGCAAGGGCGGGGAUCUCAUGUACCACAUGCAGCAGUGCGGAAGGUUCAAGGAGUCUGUGGCCAUAUUCUAUGCUGUGGAGAUAGCCAUUGCCUUGUUCUUCCUCCAUGAACGCGACAUCAUCUAUCGCGACCUAAAGCUGGACAACAUUCUGCUGGAUGGCGAGGGGCAUGUGAAGCUCGUGGACUUUGGCAUGAGCAAGGCGGGAGUCACAGAGCGCGAUAACACGCGCACCUUCUGCGGCACUGCCAACUACAUGGCACCGGAGAUCGUUAGCUUUGAUCCGUAUUCCAUUACCGCUGACUGGUGGUCGUAUGGGGUGCUGCUCUACGAGUUCAUGGCCGGACAGUCUCCGUUCGGGGGGACGAUGCGUCCACCGUCUUUCGCAACAUCAAGGAGAAGAAGGCCGUGUUCCCCAAGCACUUCACCCAGGACGCCAUGGACAUCCUAACCAGUUUCCUGGCCAAGAAGCCCAACAAUCGCUUGGGCGCUGGUCGAUACGCCAGGCAGGAGAUUACCACGCAUCCUUUCUUCGGCAGCAUCGAUUGGGAAAAGGCCGAGGCGGGUGAACUCGAACCACCCAUCGUACCCAGAAUUAAACACCGCAAGGACAUUAGCAACAUUGAUGAUGCUUUUACCAAAGAGAAGACAGAUUUGACACCAACCGAUAAGCUCUUCAUGAUGCAGUGGUUUUAUUUUAGUUAUGUUGUUGUUGACAUAAACAUUCUGGGCAAAAUC